AGCGAAUUGAUGCCUACCAUCGCCCACCAUGACCGGCCGCCGUGCUCCAUUCGCCGUCGCUGCUUGUCAAAAGCGCAAAAGCAGCGGCCGGCCAAAGACACCAUCGCGCUUGCUCGUUUGCGCGAGCGACAAGAGCGCCCAUCGCAACCUCGCCUCGUUGCUCAAAGCAACGCAACGCAAUGCAACGCAACGCAACCCUGAACCUCCUUCCUCCUCUUGCCUCUCCGCCGCUCCCUCUACCGACAGCCAAUUGUGAUUAAGAACCGGCUUUUCCAAGGCCUUGACAGCUUUCAAAUGGUGUGGACCAGGCCAAUCUGCCCCCGACAUCGUUGCCUCCCUCCAGGGAUCACCCCAUCUAAUAUAUACUUCUGCACUUGCGAGGGAGCCAGAACCAACCCAUCAAGGGCGGCAACACAAGAUGAGGGGCGUGGCGGUGUCCAUGGCCGACUAGUCGUUGAGACCAGGUCCAUGGCAAGCCUCCAUCAGCCUAUCUUGAUGCCGUUCUCUCUUCCUCGAGCGGGGUUGAAAGGCAAAUGGCAAGAAGGGGUCAAGAUCAUUCCCCCGAUAAUCUUCUUUGGAGCUAGCCGAAGCGUCCUCUGAACGGCUAUAAAAGGGAGGUCAGUUUACCGUUGGUCUCAUUUUCCUUUUUCUUUUCUUUCCAUCCGUUUGAACAUCUCAAAAACUUCCUCCCAAGUCCCAUAUACCAAGUUUGACCUUACAAACAAUUUCACUCCAUCUCCAUCAACUUCAAGCACAUACCUUUCUCAAGUUUGCCUUGACACUACCACGUACUAUACCCCUUUCAUCCAAGCAACGCUUCUUUGUCACCGGCUCCUUCCCGUCGUUUGACCUUACCUCAUACACACCGACAUCAUGGCGUACCAGCAAGGCUAUUACCAAACCAACUCCCUCCCCAUGGCUGUUCCAGCAAAGUCACAACAUGGUCAAUACUACACUCCUCAAAACCACGGAUACGGUAUUUCACCUCCUGAAGUAGCCGAGUCAGUCACCACCGGGUCCAGCAUGACUCCUGCCUAUGGCAAUUCUGCAUAUUCUGCAACCAACAGCACUUAUGCUGGUAGCGCAAGCGAUUAUGACAGCGCAUGUUCUGCCAACGGCAUAGACAUGCAAGAGUAUGUUCAAGAUCGCUUCAACGGCGCUUUUGAUCCUCUUCCUCUUGAUCGUACACUCGCUGUCCAAGCGCAAACGUAAGUUUACACCACGCUACUACUUCCGCAAUUUCGCAGUUUCAGACUCGCUGACAAUCGUCUAGAUCUGGUUUAUUGAAUGCGAAGCACCGGGAGAUUCUCGAUUUGCAAGCGUUGGCUCAACAGCGACUUGCAAAAUCGAGAGCUCGAAUGGCUGAAGGCUAUCAAGAUGCCAAAGAGGUCAAGCGAGAUCUCGAAUGGACUCAAAAGCGCGUUUCGUAAGUACACAAUUUUCCUAGUUAGUCCGCAUUUGCGCUUUCUCGAGCGUCCACUUCCGGGACGUCGUCUCCGACGGCUCCAGUUUUAAGUCCUCAAGAUCACGUGAGCUAUAAACUAACAAGAUCCUUAGAACAAUGAAAACCAAAGCUUCUCGCAAACACCCAAAAGAAUACAAGCAAGCCCGCGCGCGAUACCCAUCACCAGAAUACUAGUUUUCCCUUUCUCUCAUUUUCCAAAAAGUUUCCAAAACGGGCAGUCUGUUGUCGUUGUCGACUAUGCCCUUUUCUUUGCAUGUCAACAAAGGAAUUUCAUUUCUGGUGUGGGUCUGAGGCGUUUGUUCUAGCCGCGCCGUGAGAAAAUCACUGCUGCUUUUAUUCCUGGCGUUUAUUUUUCCACUUUCAGGGAUGCGCGAUUUGGCGCCAAAAUGGCGGGAUGCAGAAAUUAGGUACCGGAACCACUAUGCAACCGCCAGGGCUGCAGUAGUGUCCGCCCGGCAGUGCCCGCAGUAUCCCUGGGCCUGCUCCUGUUUUUUGCUCACUGCGUUCUCCUGGGGCUUCCCCUCAUAAAAUGGGGUCAAGAGGGCUGCAGGGCGUGAGAUACGACGGGUGUGACAUGACUUGCAGGCGAUGGUGAGGGGUUCUUUGGGUGGUGUGGUAGGCUGAGCUAGGAUUUCUGGGUAGAGAAGAUGGGGAGGGUAAAAAAGGACCCCUCGCCCUGCUCGCCUUCUUUCUAAACUCUCGAGUCUGGGGAGCAUGCUUUUCCUUGGCUCACUUUUGGGAUUGGCUGGUCUCCGGGAUAUGGCGGUUGUGGGUUUUCUUCCUUCUAUAGGGUUCUACGGGCCGAACGUAUGAUCUGAAAGGGGGAUGGCGCAGUUUUCCUAGUGUCUUGAUUCUCUCUUUUCUGAGGGCGGAGGGGUGUUUUUUGAUACCUUUUUAGGACUACGGCCUUUUUUCAUUUUCUUUGGUCUGUGUGUUUGUACGCGAUAUCCCUAUACCAAAAUUACAUAUAAAUGAGAAAUGAUGACUUCCCCGUUUCUGGACUGGCCAUUUUUCUGAUUAUACUGUACUGCCUGUUUUGGAGUAGUGUCCGGGGACAUGAUGUGUGCGUGACCCGGCCGUAUGAGACAUACAGUAGUUUUGAUGGAUGUCCGGACCUGGCCAUGUGGUUUGGGGAUUUCUGGUGGGCGCAGGUGGUUGGGAGGCAGGGCUUUGAUGGGAUGGGAUGAGGUGACGUUUCUUGAAGGGGUUACAUAAGCGUGGUGUGGUUUGGUUGUUUUUUGUUCUGUAGAUGGGGUAUUUGUUGUGGGAUGGGGAUGGGAUAUAAGAAAUGUGGGUUGGUGGAGGUUGUUGGGUGAGGCGUGGGAUGAGAUGUCAUCUUGUUCUUGUUCUUGUUCUGAUAUAUUAUAGAUGGACUAAGUGGUUAUCUUGGAGGGGGGUUCUGCUUCUUUCCUCUGGGAUCGAUUUAUUGCGGUACGCCGUGGAUGAUGAAUAUGAAUGGUGAAUAUCGGGGUAUUGGUGUGAGG